AUGAAAAGUUUAUCGUUGAUAGUAAUUUUUUUGGUACUUAGCUGCUAUGCUAGACAAGAUUCCGUGGAAGAAUUACUUAAAAAAAUAAUGAAUAACAAUCAAGUUGAGGAAGAAAUAACACAACUGAGUGAUGUUUUGGAGAAUAUGAGCUAAGAAAAAAAAUAAUUGAGAAAGAGUGAGAAAAUAGGUAUAUUAUAUUUUUAAACUAGCCGAUUCCGCCAAUAAAUCCAUAUUCUUCCCAAUAGUAAAUAAAAAAUAAUAUAAUUAUACAAAUACAUCAUAUCCAAGUUCAUCAAUUAAUUAUACAGAAUAACCCUAAAACUAAACUCUAAAUAACAAUAUAAGUAGUAACCCAUCAUAGUAGAAUUACUCUUAUCCCUAUUAUAAUGCAAGUGUUAACUAUUACAGUAAUACAAGUUAUCCCAUAAAUUCAACUAAUUAUACAAACUAUACAAAUUCUAGUUAUCCAUAAUAAUAUAAUUACUCUUAUCCACAAUAUAAUACAAGUGUUAAUUAUUACAGUAAUACAAGUUAUCCCAUAAAUUCAACUAAUUAUACAAACUAUACAAAUUCAAGUUAUCCAUAAUAAUAUAAUUACUCUUAUCCACAAUAUAAUACAAGUGCUAAUUAUUACAGUAAUACAAGUUAUCCCAUAAAUUCAACUAAUUAUACAAACUAUACAAAUUCAAGUUAUCCAUAAUAAUAUAAUUACUCUUAUCCACAAUAUAAUACAAGUGCUAAUUAUUACAGUAAUACAAGUUAUCCCAUAAAUUCAACUAAUUAUACAAACUAUACAAAUUCAAGUUAUCCAUAAUAAUAUAAUUACUCUUAUCCACAAUAUAAUACAAGUGCUAAUUAUUACAGUAAUACAAGUUAUCCCAUAAAUUCAACUAAUUAUACAAACUAUACAAAUUCAAGUUAUCCAUAAUAAUAUAAUUACUCUUAUCCACAAUAUAAUACAAGUGCUAAUUAUUACAGUAAUACAAGUUAUCCCAUAAAUUCAACUAAUUAUACAAACUAUACAAAUUCAAGUUAUCCAUAAUAAUAUAAUUACUCUUAUCCACAAUAUAAUACAAGUGCUAAUUAUUACAGUAAUACAAGUUAUCCCAUAAAUUCAACUAAUUAUACAAACUAUACAAAUUCAAGUUAUCCAUAAUAAUAUAAUUACUCUUAUCCACAAUAUAAUACAAGUGCUAAUUAUUACAGUAAUACAAGUUAUCCCAUAAAUUCAACUAAUUAUACAAACUAUACAAAUUCAAGUUAUCCAUAAUAAUAUAAUUACUCUUAUCCACAAUAUAAUACAAGUGCUAAUUAUUACAGUAAUACAAGUUAUCCCAUAAAUUCAACUAAUUAUACUAACUAUUCAAAUUCAAGUUAUCCAUAAUAAUAUAAUUACUCAUAUCCAUAAUUAAAUUAAAGCACAAACUAUUACUCCUAAAAUAAUUUAAGCAAUACAUCGAAUAAUUCUAAUCUUUCAUCUACUGCCAGAUAAAGACUUUAAUAAUCUAAGAUAAGCUUGAAAUUAAGAAACCAAGAUAUUGUAUAAAUAUUGAUUAACUAAACUUAAAGUGUUCUAUUUUAUAAUUAAUCUAUGUAGCAAUACUAAUAGAUUGUUAUAUUUAAUUAAACUGAUUUGUAUAGACCAUAAUUUUAAAAUGAUAAUGAAGAUGUAUGGUAUUACUACUAAGAUAAUGAAUUGAUCACUUUAACAAAGGUUAAAGAUUCAAAAGGAAAUACUAUAUAUAGAAAUGCCACUUUAUAAUUUAACCUUUAUGUGGCAGAAUAUCCAGUAGUAAAUUAUGCUCCUUCUGGGGAGAAAAAUAUUAUUUUCUAUGGAACUCUUGUUUAUAGUUAAGCUGGAGUACAAACAAACUAUUAAUACUAAAAUAAUUAAAACAUAUAAGAAGGUGAUUAAUAUUUUGGAAAUUAUACCUCAUAAAAUAAAGAAAAAGAUAGUAAAGGGUAAUUAAAUCUUCAAAAUGGCUAAAUUAAUUCACAAGUAAAUAGAUCAUCAUCUACAAAUGAUUAUGAAUCAGAACGUAAUUAUUUAGAUUCUAAUAAUGAAAGUGAAAGAUUCUUUUACAGCAACAGCAGUUCUAGUCAAAACUAAGAGACAAUAAAUAAGAGAUUUGAUAUUAAUACCCACUAAUCAAAUAGUAACAAGGUAUAAAAUUCAACAUCAUCUUAUUCUUCACAUCAAUAUGAACAAAUUAAUUAAAAUGGAAUUAUUAACUCAGAAACCAUAGACUUAAGUUCUGAUUAAAGAUAAGAGACUAUUUCAACCUAAUAAAAGUCGAAUGACUCAUACACAUCAGCAGUCUAAUCCAAUCAAGAUAAUGUAUUCUAAACCCAUUAAAUAAACGAAUAUUAAAAUGGUACUUAAACCUAAGAUCUUGAAAGUCUUAAUCAAUAAGCCUACCAUAAUACUAUGAAUAGUACUACAUAAAACAACGGAGGUCAAGGAUCAUUUUAAUCAUAAACUUCUAAUACAGCGAAUACCACUCACCUAGAUAUCAAUAAAACAUCAAAUUCAACUUAAAAUUAAAAUAUUUAUAAUCUUACAUCUAAUAAUAUUGUAAAUACUAGAUAAAUCGAUUAAUAAACUUAGGAUGGUUAAGUGAAUUAAUAAGUAAACUCAUCAACUGUCAACAUAUUUAAUUAAACAAAUGUUGAUAGUGUUUUGAAUAGCAUUGGAAAUCAAACAACAAUAAAUAGCCAAUAAACAGAAAUUGAUAGAUAAUAUUCUUAAUAAGGUGAUAAUCUUCCUGAAACAAGUACAUAAAGUUCAUCAUCUUCAUAUUCAAACUAAAUUGAUCCCACAUAACAAUUAAACUAAUUAAGAGGAUCUAAGAGAUAAGUAUCAGGAGCAUGGAAUAAAUUAGAUGAGAAUAAGUUUAGUAAUUCUAAUUCCCUUGUAAUUGAUGAAGCAAUUAAUGCUGUGAAUACUAAGUUCAAUCCUUAGAAAGAAGGAUUCUAAUUUGAUUAAAUAAUUAGUGUUCAUGAAUAACUUGUAGCUGGAUUCAAUUACAAUAUUAAAUUAAGCUAUUUGAAUUAAUUAUCAGAAUAAUAAAUUUAUGAAGUAAUCAUUUAUUCAAUGUAAAAUUUAUUGUUAAUAUUAUUUAUAGUCCUUGGGCAAAUAAGCCAGAUUAAAUCACCAGUUGCAUUAGAUUUGAUCAAAAACAAGAAUGAAUUAAUUGAUUAAUCAUCAAAUACAUAAAAUAACAAAUAAUAUAA